AUGAAAACAAUCGGAAGGGGUUCGUGGGAAGGGUGGGUGAAGAAGCAUUAUGGAAUUGAAAGUCUUCCUUAUUUGCUUGAGAAAGAGAUAUUCCAAUCUGAUGUUAAGGCUAAGAUCGAAUUUCCGGAGCUUUGCCACUCAUCUCCGUCAAGAGAUGCUCAACGAGCAGCAUCAGAAAACAACGCCGCACGAUCGGUUGCGGAGGUACUAGAAGAAGUGGCUUCGCGAGAGGAUGUGAUUGAAUCAGAUGGGGAGGGACCAACCAAUAUAGCACAUUUCAAUCACGAUAUUGCUAAUGCUUCAACACCUGCAGAGCAGCCAUCGGAUAUCAUUUCUUUGUAUCCAAUGUACUUCCCAUGCCACGCCCAAUAUGUUAUUCUUUCCAGAGUACAGUCUGUUUUGGAAGAAUGCUGCUUUGAAUUCACGCGAAAAUGGAUGCCCCCAACCUUGGAAGAUGGUGGAUGGGACUGUGCUGCUGCCAUCGAAUUGACAAAAUGGACAACACGGCUUGUUAAGAACUCGGAAAAGCUUCCCCAACAUGCAUUCAAACUUGGCGAAGCACCUCUAAGCGAAGUUCUCUUCGCAACGCACAAGUUGCGCCACACCGCUGUUCAUCGACUGCCAGCCACCUGUCGUGGGGUUGAAACGCUUGUGAAAUCAGCUGUGAGCUUUGCUGAGACCCUUCAAGAUCUACUGCGAACCGCGCAGUUACAAGAUUUACAAUUAGAGACCGACAGCAAGAUCAAAGCUAUGGAGCUUAAUAAAAAUUUUCUAGAGGAUGCACUCAGUCAGGAACUCCAGAAGAUUCAGCAACAACGAGAGGAGCUUGAUAUGCAGGAAAGGGAGUUGGCGGCGAGAAUUAUCUGUGAAGACCGCGACAAUAAAUCCUUGAUUGGAAACUUACUGGAGAAUUCUGUAAAUAGACUGUUUGAUGUUAAACCUGUGAAAGAGAGUGUACAUGAUGUUGAUCAAAUAUCGGAUGUCGAGGAAAAGCACAAAUUGUGA